AUGAAGCAAAUCUUCGAUAUCAACCAAGGGUUCGAGGAGAAGCUCGAGGAUUUAACUUUGAAUGUGAAGCAAAUACAAGACGAUUUGUUGGAAGAGAUACUCACGCGUAACGCGAAAACAGAGUAUCUCCAACGUUUUCUCGUCAAUAGCUUUGACAAAGAGCACUUCAAGAAAAACGUACCGGUCGUGACCUAUGAAGAGAUUAAGCCUUACAUCGACCGUAUCGUUAAUGGAGAAUCAUCCGAUGUUUUAUCGGCCCGACCUAUUACCGGUUUUUUGCUAAGUUCGGGAACUUCGGGAGGAGCACAAAAGAUGAUGCCAUGGAACAACAAGUACUUGGAUAAUUUAACAUUCAUCUACGAUCUUCGUAGUCACGUUGUAACCAAGCAUGUGAGUGGUUUGAAGCAAGGAAAAGGAAUGAUGUUUCUCUUCACUAAACAAGAAUUCAUUACUCCUUCUGGUUUGCCUGCUCGAGUCGCAACAAGCAGCUAUACAAAGAGCGACUAUUUCAAGAACCGACCAUCAAACUGGUAUUACUCGUAUACAAGCCCUGAUGAAGUCAUAUUGUGUCCUAACAACACAGAAAGUCUAUACUGCCAUUUGCUAUGUGGCUUGGUCCAAAGAGACGAGGUUGUGAGAAUGGGUUCCAUUUUCGCUUCGGUCACGGUACGAGCAAUCAAGUUUCUUGAGAAUUCUUGGGAAGAGUUGUGUUCAAACAUCCGAACAGGACAUCUAAGCAAGUGGGUCACGGACCUCGGUUGUCAAAACUCGGUGUCUUUGGUCCUUGGAGGGCCACGUCCUGACUUAGCAGACACAAUUGAAGCAAUAUGCAACCAAAAGUCUUGGAAAGGUAUAGUCAAUAGACUCUGGCCAAACAUCAAAUAUAUUGAAACUGUUGUUACAGGUUCAAUGGGACAAUACGUUCCCACAUUGAACUACUAUUGCAACGACUUGCCACUCGUUUCAACAACUUACGGUUCUUCCGAGACUACAUUCGGGAUCAAUCUAGAUCCUUUGUGCAAACCUGAAGAUGUUUCUUACGCUUUCAUGCCUAACAUGUCUUACUUUGAGUUCAUAACAAUGGAUGGAGACAAGCGCGAUGUGGUCGACCUUGAAGAUGUGAAACUUGGUUGUACUUAUGAACCUGUGGUCACAAAUUUCGCAGGAUUGUAUAGAAUGAGAGUGGGAGAUAUUCUAUUGGUGACUGGUUUCUACAACAACGCGCCUGAGUUUAAGUUUGUAAGAAGAGAGAACGUGGUUUUAAGCAUUGAUUCCGAUAAAACCAACGAAGAAGAUCUUUUUAAGGCGGUGAAUCAAGCGGAGCUCGUUCUCAAUUCAUCGGAUCUUGUCCUGAACGACUUCACUAGCUAUGCUGACACCUCAAAGUUUCCGGGUCAUUACGUGGUUUAUUUGGAAGUAAAGGCCAAAGGAGAGAAGAAGAAGUACUUGGAGCUCAAUGAAGAUGCAUUCUCCAAGUGUUGUUUAGUGAUGGAGGAUUCACUUGACAAUGUUUACAAAAGAUGUCGUUUCAAAGACGGAUCGGUCGGGCCUCUAGAGAUAAGAGUGGUGCGUCAAGGAACGUUUGAUUCUCUAAUGGACUUCUUCAUCUCACAAGGUGCUUCAAUAGGUCAAUACAAGACUCCAAGAUGCAUUAAAUCAGGAAAGGCCUUAGAAGUAAUGGAGGCAUGUGUUAUCGCCAGAUUCUUCAGUACUUGA